CCCCUCCUCUCUCCUCUCUCUCUCUCUCUCUCUCUCUAGGCGCCGUAGUCUCUUUCUCUCACUUCUCUUCUCUCUACCCUGUCUUCGAGUUUUUCUGGUUCAAUCUCUUCUGGUUUCUGUUACUUCUGCCUUUUUUUUUAGAUUCUCUCUCUCUUCUGUUCUGUAUUUCUCCGGUUUCUCUGUUCCGUAGGAGAAUAUCAGUAUGGUCAGUUCUUCCGGUGAAAGUUCCGGCGAUUUUUCCGGGAUCAACACCGUGAAAUUCCUGUGCAGCUAUGGAGGCCGUAUCCAGCCUCGUCACCCUGAUGGAAAGCUCCGUUAUGUUGGAGGUUUCACCCGUGUCCUUGCUGUUGAUCGUUCUGUUCACUUCUCAGAUCUGAUGGAGAAGCUGAGGAAAUUUUGUGGCGAGGUAGCCAUUACCCUGAGGUGUCAGCUCCCUACUGAGGAUCUUGAUGCUCUGGUCUCCGUAACCUCUGAUGAAGACCUGGCUCAUGUCAUUGAAGAAUAUGACCGAGUUAACAGAGAGAGAGGGUCGUCAUUAAAGGUCCGGGCCUUUCUCUCACCGCCUAAACCUAAAACGCCUGUGAUUCUAAAGCAACAGUCCUCAAUCGCUGGAAAACCACAUUUUCCUGGGGAAUCCUACCGCUGCGUCCAUCUUCCGGCGAAUUUUAUCGGCCGCCUAAUAGUUCCAGUCGCCGGGAAAUCCUCGGAGGCUUUGGUCAUGGCGGCCCCGUCUGUUCAGUACUAUGGAUGCUUGACUAAGGGUAACCGAAACCCAAGAAAUCAGUAUCUGGUACAUAACGGAAAUUACUGGCAAUAAGAAAAAAGAAGCAUUAAAAAAUAAAAAAAUAGAGGAUAUUAAAGAAGUUAAAGAAAAGAAAAUCAAAUGCAGAGAUCGUUUCUUGAUCCCCCUCUGCUGUGUAAUUCUCAGUGUAAAUUGUUGAAAGAUUCCCGAUUUUUGCUCCCUGGUUAAUGCAACAAGUUUGGAUAUGAUUCUUUUGAGGCUUUCCGCCAUUAAAGCACAGCAAUCGAGCUAGGCUCGUUAUUUGCCCUAUAGAUUUUUUCCGCCGUUAAAAUUACAGAAUGGGAGCAAAAAGAUCACUGUUCUUCGUACCCUAGGUUCCGAUUGAAGUUCACAAAACAGAGCAUCUGGUUUCCGAUUAACGUGCACAAAACAUAACAGAGCAUUUGGCCACUGGUUUUUCGGCUUCCACAUGGCAGUUGGCAGUUACCAUUACGCCAUAAGCACCAAACAUAUAUAAUAUUUGCAGGGAAAACCUCUUCCUAACCGCUCUUCUUGGAGUUUCUUCGUCUCCUUUCUAGGGUUUUGACCUCUCUCGAAUUUGCAGAGAUGGCAGUACAUCUCUCUUGGGACCCGCUAUUUUAGGGUUUCGAUGUUUGAAUCUCCGAGUACACAUCUUGCCGUCUGAACCGUCCGAUCCACCUCCCCAACGUGUCCUACCGUCCGAUUCGACAGUUCAGUCACAUCGGUCGUAACCGUCGUCGCAUCUCUAUCCUGGUUUGCAUUGGCCUUCCGAUGCGUGCGUCACAUCCGUUUGUCGUGUAGUCCUUGAAUGCUCCGUGGCGUGUCUGGGCCGUGUCCGAUAGACACGCAUACCGUAAGACGUGUCUCCCGUUAGGCGCGAUUUCCGCGCGGUAUCUUUUGUGGUGCAGUGGCUCACGUGUGAACGGGUAAAUUGACGUGGUGCGACAUUUUGUUCUUGGAAGGCGUAUUUACUAACUUUUGUCGUUAUUUUC